AUGGGACUGCAAUAUGUUAAUAAAAAGAAAGAACCGGUGGUGCCCGGAGGUGGAGAGCCGCAGCGUCCAACAGAGUGGAGGCGGUACAAAGGCGUGAGGAGGCGGCCUUGGGGCAAGUUUGCCGCAGAGGUAAGGGAUCCGGAGAAGAAACGAAAGAGAAUAUGGCUGGGAACGUUUGAUACUCCAGAGGAAGCAGCAUUGGCUUACGAUAACGCAGCUUUCAAGCUACUAGGUUCACGAGCUAAGGUGAAUUUCCCUCUCUUGAUUGGUGUGAAUGAUUCACCAGUUGUUCUAGCUUCUAGGUGGCUAGCUCUAUUCCCCCAAGAGACAACAAGGAAAGGCGUGGUGGAGCCACCAAUCACCACCUCAAGGGCCGAGGAAGAAUCGGAAAUAACAACUUACACCACCACUGUCCACACCAAUGACGCUGCCACAACGGAGGUGGGAAGUAGUCAAGACGCCGGAAAACUGUUCCAAACAGAUAAAUGGUUCAUACCCCCAGUAAUACCACCUCCAGAAUCACCAAUAACAGUCCUUACCACCACUGAAAACACCACCAACACCACCACCAGUACCACCAAUGGUUAUCUCAAUAGAGUGGAGAUGGGAGUUGACCAUGACACACAUUUGGAUUUUCAAAUGUUUAGCUUGAAACCUGAAAAACAUUCACCAAGUAUGGUGCAACCAUCAGCUACCUCCGACGAAGCUUCAGAGGAGGAGGUUGGUGACCCGAAGAUCGAGUAUCAUCAGUCUUAG